UGAUCACGAAACACUUCUGUCUCUAAGUCAAAAACUUGAUUAGUACUUUUUUCUAAGGAGAUGGGGAGAUUAACAAACACCCCCCAGAUGCUGCAGGAGCCUCAGUCUGUGACUGAAAGUUUGGAGCAAGCCUCGUUAGCUGCUCCUUAUGGACUGGCAGCCUCCAGCCCUGCAGAAGUGAACAUUCUUUGUAUGAAUGAUUCAGCCCUGAAAUAUGAACAAGUGUUGGCCCAGUCCCAGUUCCAUCAUUGCAUUUGAAAACAGGAUCUUACACUUAAUUUUGUUCACUGCUUGCUCUUCUGUAGCUGUUCACUACUAACUGCUAGAAGAGCCUCUACCUCUGUGGUAACUCCAGCUCUUUUGUCCCUAUGCUGAAAGCUUUGCGUUGUUUUUGCCCCAAGAUCUGCUACUUACUCCUCAGGCAUUAAUCUGUUGCAUAAACCCAGGGAUGUAAGUGGACAAAAAUCCAUAGCAUGCAGCUUGAUGGGGGCCUUUUUCCUCCCUUUAGGUAUAAUACAUGAAUAUUUUGUAUAAAUUUCCAAGUUAAAAUAUAUUUUCUGACUGUUAGCUUUAUGCCUUAUGCAUACUAAGAUUAGCUAAGGCCUUCUCAAAUACAAGAUUUCUGUAGGAUGUUAAUUUUCCUGGAGGCCCUUUAGCCAGGACUCCAGGGGUCCCAGCCUAUUUUUCAGCCCCAGAUGAUGAUCUGACUCACUUUCUGGCAGCCUUACCUAUAAUCUCAUGCUGGAAGAAUAGUAUAGGAGACAGGUAUUUACCACUGUGUUAUACCCAUAUCACUUGACUGCAGCAUGCCAGCCAUGAUAGCUAUAUUUGGAGUACCUCUACAUUACUGAAUUUAGAUAUGCAAGGGCUGAUAAUAUUACAGGGGUCAUCACCAUAUUAUGUAUUCUAGCCACACGAUUGACUCAGUACUGAACAGAUUUUCAUAGCUAGUGGAUUUUAGUCCUUACCAGCCAAGUGCAAGCUGCACAAAUAGUUAAACAAUGUUCAUAUGUUUCUGAGAGCAUGGUAAACUUGACUGUUACGUAACUGGGUUGGAUAAUUCCUGAAUAUUUUCAGGAAUGGUAGCAUCCAGACUUGAACACUUUUUUAAUGGUGGUACAGGGACAGCUGUCUCCUCUCUCCCCAUCCUGCCACGUUUUAUGUGCUUAACUCAAAGUGAGAGUCAUGGCACUGAAGCCAGCUAAACCGCUAAAAUUCUGUGCUCACACUCCCGUUCAAUGUUGGGGGAGGGCAGGGGGGAAGAUGUUUUUAAUGUGAAACAGCUCGUAGUGCAUGAAACUAAACGCUUAAGUGCCUGCAAAACUGGGGCUCUCAUGCUAGUUCUGGCAGAUGGAUUAAUGCAAAAAAGAUGUAUUGGCUUUAGAUGAAGCAUCUCGCUGUACAGUAGAGUGGAGCAGUUUUGUUUCCAGAUGAUUUAAAGCAUUUUACAAAAUCCAGUGUGGAACGUGGCUUUCAUACCACCAGAAGGGAUAAUGUUUAUCUGCCCUUUGUUGGAGGGCAAUACUAAUGUUUGUGUUAUUAGCUGGCAGUCAUCACUGUACGUGGGGAAAACUAACACCAUAACCAAUCUUUAAAAAAAGAAAACAUACUGUGUUGUGUGUGUGUGUGUAUAUAUAUAUGUUAAGAAUAACUUUUUGCAUUUCUGCAGUUGGCCAUCACCUUAGACUUUGUUUUACUAUAACUGGACAGUGGGGAAGUUGCUUAGAUAAGCCAGAAUUUCAUUUCCACCUUGCCUUUUAAGCUUUUUUUGCCAGUGCUCAUGCUUCACAAGGGGGAGGGGGCUGGUGGGACAUGCAGGGAGAGCCAUGCCUGGGAAGCCAAGGCUGAGAAACCCCCCUCCGAGCUGAUCCCAAAGCUGGCACACUCCUUAGCCCUGGUUUGUUGAUGUAAUGUGUAAAAUUGCUUUUUUUGCUUUUAACUGCCUUUACUUUCUGAGCUAGGGGCUGUCUUCAUUAACAGCAAAAGUGUUACUUUGUUGUAGAUGAGAGAUAAGCCUCAUCACGGGAGAGUUACCUAGUUCGUCUACAAGUUCAAAAUGUAGAGAAACCUCUCUACCGUGGGACCUUCCAUUGCUUUCAGUCCAUCAUAAAGCAAGAAUCUGCUUUUGGACUCUAUAAAGGCAUUGGGUCACCAAUGAUGGGACUUACUUUCAUUAAUGCAGUCGUGUUCGGUGUGCAGGGAAACACACUGCGUGCCCUCGGCAAAGACACUCCUCUGAACCAGUUCCUGGCAGGCUCGGCAGCUGGGGCCAUCCAGUGCAUCAUCUGCUGCCCCAUGGAGCUGGCAAAGACAAGGAUGCAGCUUCAGGGAACUGGUGAAUACAAACAAAAAACAAAGAACUACAAAAAUUCUCUGGAUUGUUUGAUCAAAAUCUACCGAAAGGAAGGGCUGAGAGGCAUCAACAGGGGCAUGGUCUCUACAGUCAUAAGAGAGACUCCAAGCUUUGGCUUUUACUUCCUGACCUACGACUGCAUGACCAGAUACUUGGGCUGUGAAGCUGAAGACAGUUACGUUAUUCCCAAACUGCUGUUUUCUGGGGGGAUGUCAGGGAUCGUGUCCUGGCUCUCCACCUACCCCGUGGAUGUGAUCAAAUCCCGGCUGCAGGCAGAUGGUGUUGGAGGUGUAACGCAGUACAAGGGCAUCCUGGACUGCGUCAGGAAGAGCUAUCAUGAGGAAGGCUGGAGGGUGUUCACAAGAGGCCUCACUUCUACACUUCUCCGAGCUUUUCCUGUCAAUGCAGCUACUUUUGCUACUGUCACUGUGUUCCUUAUGUACAUGAGGUCAGAAAAUGACCUUCGUGAAUGCGACCCAGGCCCAGUAAUCCAGCAGCCUUCUAGUCUGUGAGCAGUGUGUGUUUUAUAACCUUGAUCUGAAGCCCAGCUGUCUUCUUAGUGUAAACAGCUGAUCCGCACAAGUAGUGUAAAUGUAUGCUACCUGUAUAAAGAACUCCUAGAUGCAUCAAGUUAGGAUUUCAUCUCAUGACUUGUAUAAAUAGCACAUAACUUUAUAAAGGACUUCACAACCAAUAGUAUCCAAGUAAGAUGGGGACCUGCCAUUAGAAAGUACUGUACCUCUACAGCUCCAGAAGAGGAUCUGGAGAAUGUCAGAGUACCAGAAAUCAGGUUUUAACCUGUGUUCUGAAUGACCGAGUUGAAUGAAUGCAGAAGUGUGUUCAGAAAAGAAAUGCUUUUUGUAUGUAGCGGGAGCACAUAUAGUCCUCCAAGUUAAGUAGGGAGAGGGGAGAGGAACUUAAAUGCUAGGAGCAUUUUGCAGGUAACCCUGAACUGUUUAAGACAUGGAUUAAUGUUAAGCUAGCUUCAUGUUUUACUUUUUCUCUGCUUGUAAGUGUCAGUGGUUUUAGUAGCAUCAUUAUUCACACACUGGUUUGUUAAAAGAAAUGAUCUGUUUCCAAGCUACUCCCUUACCUUUCAGAUUAAAUAUCUCUAGCACAAAGUUAGCAUUUGCACUUGUAUUUAGUUCUUCCGUUAAAUUUCAAGGCUAGCAAGACUGAUGUUGUUUGCCUUCACCUCUACUUCUUGUUUGGUGGUGCACAGAGUGUGUAGAGUGGUUUCAUGCCAUGUAAGCUUUGUUCUCUGAGUUAAUGCAACUUUGUGCCAAGGUGCAAUGUAGCAGCCAGUGACGUACAGAAGUCCUACUGUGUUAUUGCACAAAACGUUAGUGGGUUUUUGUGUUAGCUUAGCAGCUUGAAGUACCACAGAAAUACGCACAUCUUUAGAUCUGGAAGUUUUAUACCUUCCCAGAAAAUAAGGGGUGUAAGUGUAAUGGUUCAUGUUGAAUGCACUUGCAUUGUGAAUUUAAACAAUACUGAUUUCUAUGUAUUUAGUUACAGUGCUACUGAAAAGACUAAAAAGGGUUUUGGAGAAUUUUCUUGUUACACGAAUCUGCUGUGUUUUAUUUUUAUUUUUUUAGCAGUCUGUUCAAGAGGAUUUGCUUUAGUCAGAGCUUUAAAAUGCAAUUCAACAUCUGGAGGAAGAACCACACAUAUUGGGCACAAAUGGCCAGGAGAAAUAAAGGAGUGCAUGCUUGUUGGGGAAUGUUCUAAAACAUAUCAAGCUACUUCAGUAAAUUUGUUACAUUUUCUGUUGGGACAAGUGCAAUAUGUGUUUAAUUUAUAUGGAUUUUUAUAAAGAAACCUUGUUUCAUAGCAUUUUGCACUGUAACAACAUAUGCUGGAGAAACCUGUAAAACUGAUACGUGUUUUUAUACCUUGAAGGUAUGUUGGAUGUUUUAGUGCCUACUUGCACUGAGAUUCAAAUUGAAUGUUAAAUCUGUCUACUAAGCUGCACAUGCACAACUCACAGCAAAGACCAUUUACAUCUUUGUACAGUAGUCUGUAAUUAUUGUAUAUAAAACUGAGGGAAUAAAUUUUUUAAAGAUAUUGA